ACCAACACCCCCCUGCACCCCCUUUCCCAGCCAUCCUGGCUCUCCUCACCCCAUGAGCCCUCUUUCCCCAACACUAAGGCCCCCUGGGCCCCCCUUUCGUGGGCACAGGGACCCCUGGAUGCCCCAUCCCACCUCUCCCAGUCGCUACACCCUCCUUUCUUUGGCCCUGGGAUCUCCAAACCCCCUUUGUGGGUCUCCCAGCUCUCCCAGUUCCCCCUUUCCUUGACCCAUGACCCCCCUGGACCUCCCAAAUCUCUGUGUCCCCCCAGUUCUCCACUCCCUGCAUUACUUGAACGUGGCAGUGAUGGAGCCCAGCCUGGGGAUCCCUCAAUUCAUGGAUUUGGGAUACCUGGACGGGAUCCCCAUCACGCGCUACGACAGUGAGCGGCACUGGGAGAAGCCGCUGACGCCGUGGAUGGCAGCUGGAACUGAGCCAGAAUAUUGGGAGGAGGAGACCCAGAUCAGCGAGAGGAACCGGAUCGUGGCUGCUGCCAGCCUGGAGAGAGUGGGGGCCCGGUACAACUGGAGUGGGGGUCUCCACACGUGGCAGUGGCUUUCUGGCUGUGACCUCCUGUCCAACGGGAGCGUCCGCAGAACCCUUCGACUUGGCUAUGACGGGCGGGAUUUCAUCUCCUUCUCCCCGGAGAGCGGGACCUUCGUGGCGGCCGAUGGAGCUGCCCAGAUCACCCAGAGGAAAUGGAGAUCUGAAGGGUACAAGGAUCUUCAACAAGACCUGGGACUGAGAUGUGCGGAAUGGCUCCAGAAAUAUGUUGGAUAUGGGUGGGAAGCGCUGGAGCACAAAGGUGAGGGAGACAGAAUUCCCAUGGGAAUGUGGGACUUGGGAAUGUGGGAUUUGGGAGGGUGUCAGAGGUUUGCAAAGAGCUGCUGGAAUGUUUUCCCAGUGUCAGCCCCCAUUCCCUCCAUCCGUGUGCCCCAGGAUGGGGUGGGGACGGAGCUGCAGGCGCUGGGCAGCGGCAGGGUGUUCCAGGAGUUGUCUACCAGCGAGUGUUACUUCAUGAAUGGCACCGAGCGGGUGAGGUUCGUGGAGAGGUACAUCUACAACCGGCAGCAGUACGUGCACUUCGACAGCGACGUGGGGGUCUUUGUGGGGGACAACCCGCGUGGGGACAUCCUGGCCAGGUACGGGAACAGCCAACAGGAGUUUCUGGAGUACAAACGGUCUGCGGUGGACUGGUUCUGCCGGAAAUGCUACCAGAUCGCCACCCCGUUCCUUGUGAACCGCAGAGCUCAGCCCAGUGUCUCCCCCGUCUCUCCCAGUGCCCCCCAGCGUGUCCAUCUUGCUGGUGCCGUCAAGCUCCCAGCCCGGCCCCAGCCCCUGCUCUGCUCCGUGAUGGAUUUCUACCCUGCGGUGCAGGUGAGGUGGUUCCAGGAUGGGCAGGAGCUGCCGGAGCACGUGUUGGCCACCGACGUGGUCCCCAACGGGGACUGGACCUACCAGGUGCUGGUGAUGCUGGAAAUCCCCCCCCGGCGCGGGGUCACCUACACCUGCCAGGUGGAGCACGUCAGCCUGGAGCACCCCCUCAGCCGGCACUGGGAGAUGCCACAGGACAUUGUCCGUACCAAGAUCCUGGUGGGGGUCGGGGGCUUCGUGUUGGGUUUCGUCUUCCUGGCGCUGGGGCUCGGCUUCUACCUGCGGGAGAAGAGCUCCUGAGCCGGCAGCGGCUGCAGCCCCUCCCCGUGGCCUCGGGCCCAGCCAGGACCCCCCA